AUCACGUAAAGUAAGGAGGAGUUAAAAUUUGGUUUUGAGGCAUGCUCUCCCCCCUUUAAAAGUGCCUGCACACUUUGUUUAAUGCUUGCUGAUGCACAGCUGUGCUUUGAGCUACGCAAGAGUUUAGAGGAACUAAAAAAGGAAGCGCUUAAAAAGGAAGCUUACAAAGAGAGAUCUGAAUUGAGAUUAGACAAAGACAUUCAAAAGGAAACACAACAGAGAAGUUCUCUAAUGGACAGAAUUCACAAGACAACCACCAUGUCUAAUAUUACCGAGAGAAAAUGUAUAACGGACAGCAGCAGCUUGCAGGCCCCACUGGCUUUUUUCUAUGCACUCUUCUUCGUGUUCGGGUUGUCUGGGAACCUGCUGGCUCUCUGGGUGUUUCUGCGAGUACAUCCGAAGAAAAACUCAAUUCGCAUCUUCCUCAUUAACCUGGCUCUGGCUGACUUGCUCCUCGUGAUCUGCCUGCCUUUCCGAGUGGUUUACCAUUCCAACAAUGACCAGUGGGUGCUGCCGCCAUUACUGUGCAGGACGGUGGGCAUUAUCUUUUACGUGAACAUGUACAUUAGUAUAGUCUUACUGGGCUUCAUUAGUGUAGAUCGUUAUCUGAAGUUCCAGAGGUUGUCCUGUAGGAAGGUGUUCCUGCACAGCCGAUGGAGCGUGCUUCUCUGCAGUGUCAUCUGGGCUGUGGCGUCCGUUUGUGGCACUUGCCUAAUUUUUUUUAAUCCAAGGCAUGAUAAUUCAACCCAGUGCUUCCAAUACAAAACACUGCAUGAAUACAAAUGGAAAGCCUAUUUCAACUUUGCCAUCGUGGGUAUGUUUUGGGUGAUCUACAUUGCGUUGAUAAUCUCCUAUGGAAAGAUUGGAAUGAACCUCCUAACAACCUCCAAAAACAAACCGGAUUUCCCAAAUGCUGCCAAGUACAACAAAACAGCAUGGAAGUCCUUCUUUGUGCUUUUCCUCUUCACUAUAUGUUUUGUGCCCUACCACUCGGCAAGGAUUUUCUAUAUCAUGUCACAGAUAGCAAAAGGCACCCAUUGCGAGUCGAUACGUGCGUUGGAUAAAACCAAUGAAGUAGUUCUGCUACUGUCUGCCUUUAAUAGCUGUCUGGAUCCAGUCAUGUACUUUUUGUUCUGUAGUUCUAUUCGCAAAGUGUUGCUGAAGUUCAUCUGUAACAGCUUCUGUCAGCAAAAUGUCAAAGGACUGAUCAGUUCUAUUGACACUCCACAAGAGCUGCCAAAUGCCAGUGCAGUUGUGCCUAUGACAAACGCUCAGGAUGUCAAACUAUCAAAAACAACAGAUAAAGUGGUGCUAUAAAUGUUUUGAAAACAUAAGUCAUCUCUACAUGUACAGCAAAUAUUUUUUUUUAUGCAAAAAUGUGAAUAUUUACAUGUGCACGGCAUUCAUCAGAAACACUACAUUUUUAAAUAAAAGUUACAUUGCAUUUUACAAAAUGAUCAUAUAAAAAUAAUUAACAU